AUCAUGCCUAGCGCAUCUGCCUGCCCCACCCCCGCUCCCCUCAAGGGCGCCGUUGCCGCUCCCGCUCCCGUCGCCAUCGGCGGCCAGUACGACACUUCAUCUCUCUUCGCCUCCGAUGCCGCAACCCGCACGGGUGCCGCCGAGGCGUUGGCCGCUCGCGUUCAGCAGGAGGGCCCCGCCUCCAUCAACGCCCUCAACUUGACCGACGCCAUCAUCGCCGCCCUCGGUGACAAAAAAUCGCCCGCUGCCCGCGAGGGCGCCGCGAACCUCGUCGCGACCCUCGCCAAGUCGCCCGCGAUCAAGGCAUUCGAGCCGUACUUCGUCGACACCGGCGUCUACGCCGCGUUCCUCGAGGCGUUCGCCGACAAGAUGCCCGCAGUCCGGACCGCGGCCGUCGAGGCCGUCCGCGCCUUCGCCGAGAAGAUGAACCCCUGGGGUGCUGCUCUCAUCCUCCCCGCCCUCCUUCACGAGAUCAAGACCGCCGGCAAGUGGCAGAUCAAGACGGGCUCUCUCGUCGUCUUGAACCAGCUCGUUGCUUCCGCCCCGGUCCAGAUCGCCCGCCUCACCCCCGAGAUCGUCCCCGUCCUCUCCGAGGCGAUCUGGGACACCAAGGCCGACGUGAAGAAGGCCGCCCGCGAUACACUCACGAAGACCACCGCUUUGGUGUCGAACAAGGACAUAGAACGCUUUAUUCCGGCUCUCAUUAACGCUUUGAUCAACCCCGUAGAGGAGGUCCCCAAGACCAUCCAGCUGCUUUCGGCUACCACCUUCGUUUCCGAAGUAGACUCCCCCACGCUCUCCCUCAUGGUGCCCCUCCUCGCUCGUGGCUUGAACGAGAAGCCGACCGCGACCAAGCGUAAGGUCGCCGUCAUCAUCGACAACAUGUCCAAGCUCGUCGACUCGCCCGUCACCGUCCGUCCGUUCAUCCCCAAGCUUCUCCCCGGCCUCCUCAAGGUGGAGACCACCAUCGGUGACCCCGAGGCGCGCAGCGUCGUCGGCCGCGCCAUUGCCACCCUCAGGCAGGUUGGUGAGGUUCCCCACGGUGACGGCUCCGACCUCCCGCCUCUCAAGCACGCCGACGGCGGUCAGCUCGGCCACAGCCUGGUCGCCAUCUACAAGAAGCUCGGCGUCAACCCGCUCCCGUCCGUCGCGAACGUCGAGGCGAUCUACGUUGCGCACCUCGCUGCCAACUUGGUCAACGCCAAGAACUUUGACAAUUCGCAGUGGGCCACGCUCGCCCCGCACUUGGCGCUCCUCGCGGCUACCCCCGACCCGGCUCAGGUCGCGUCGGAGUGGGCCGUGCGCUCGGCUACCGAGGACGAAGGCGGUGAUGACGCUCUCGAGGACGACGAGGAGGGCGAGGAUCUCUGCAACUGCCAGUUCUCGCUCGCUUACGGUGCCAAGAUCCUGCUCAACACCGCGUCGCUCCGUCUCAAGCGUGGCCGUCGCUACGGUCUCUGCGGUAAGAACGGUACCGGCAAGUCCACUCUCAUGCGUGCUAUCCACAACGGUCAAGUCGAGGGCUUCCCGUCACCCGACGAGGUCCGCACCUUCUACGUGGAGCACGACAUUGACGGCUCCGACGAGGACACGACCGUCUUGCAGUUCAUCCUCAACGACAAGCGUAUCUUGGCCCCGGAGAGCGAGGUCAUCGAGGCGCUCGCGUCAGUCGGCUUCUCCGAUGAGCGCCAGGCGCAGGCCAUCGGCGCUCUUUCCGGUGGUUGGAAGAUGAAGCUCGCCUUGGCUCGUGCCAUGUUGUUCAAGGCGGACAUUCUCCUCCUCGAUGAGCCCACCAACCACUUGGACGUCGUCAACGUCGCCUGGCUCGAGGGCUACCUUACCAGCCUUACCCACUGCACGUCGAUCAUCGUUUCGCACGACUCCGGCUUCCUCAACAACGUUAUCACCGACGUUAUUCACCUUAACCGGUUCAAGCUCCGCCGCUACAAGGGCAACCUCGAGUCGUUCGUCAAGCAGGUGCCCGAGGCCAAGUCGUACUACACCCUCGACCCGGCCGAGGACUACAAGUUCAAGCUCCCCGACCCGCCCCUGCUCGAGGGUGUCAAGACAAAGGAGAAGUCGCUCCUCAAGAUGCGCAACGUCGGCUUCCAGUACCCGACCUCGAAGGUGCAGCAGCUGUACGACAUUACGCUCCAGGUCUCGCUCUCGUCCCGUGUCGCGAUCCUCGGUCCCAACGGUUCCGGCAAAUCGACCCUCGUCAAGCUGCUCAUCGGCGAGACGGAGCCCAACAAGGGCGGUGAGGUGUGGAAGCACCCCAACUUGGUCAUCGGCUACGUCGCGCAGCACGCUUUCCACCACAUCGACAACCACCUCGACAAGACCCCGCUCGAGUACAUGCUCUGGCGGUACCAGACGGGUGAGGAUCUCGAGGAGAUGGGCAAGGCGACCCGCGUCAUCUCCGAGGCGGAGGCGCAGAAGAUGAAGGACGGUGCGACGGUCGUCGUCGAGGGCCAGAAGCGGAUCAUCGACGAGAUCAUCAACCGCAAGAAGCUGAAGCAGUCGUACGAGUACGAGGUCACCUUCAAGGCCAUGUCCUCGUCCGAGAACAUCUGGAUGUCUCGCGACGAGCUCAUCAAGCGCGGUUUCGAGAAGAAGGUGCUCGAGGUCGACACCCGCGAGGCGCAGCGUCUUGGCCUCAACCGUCCCCUCGUCCGUCGCGAGAUCGAGAAGCACUUCGCCGACUUCGGUCUCGAGCCCGAGUUCGUCUCGCACAACACCAUGCGCGGUCUCUCCGGUGGCCAGAAGGUGAAGAUCGUGCUCGGUGCCGCGACCUGGCGCCGGCCGCACAUCAUCUGCCUCGACGAGCCGACGAACUACCUCGACCGUGAGUCGCUCGCGGCGCUCAUCGCCGCCCUCCAGGUCUUCGAGGGCGGUGUGCUCAUCAUCACCCACAACCGCGACUUCUCCGAGUCGCUCUGCAAGGAAGUGUGGGCGAUGCGCGACGGUCGCCUCGAGGCGUCCGGCCACAACUGGGUCGAGGGCCAGGGCUCCGGUCCUCGCAUCGACAAGAAGGACGGCGAGGAGGAGGAGAUGCUCGACGCUAUGGGCAACAAGAUCAAGGUGGAGAAGAAGAAGAAGAUUACGGCGGCAGAGGCGCGGAAGGCGAAGAAGGAGCGGAUGGCGAGGCGGAAGCGCGGCGAGGAGGUGUUCACCGACGAGGAGUUGUAA